UUCGAUCCACCUGGAAAAACUCCAUGGCAAGAACACUGCUAACAUGUGUUUCUUUCCUUGUUCAAGAAAAUGCAUCUCCACAACUGAAUGUUUUUUAUGAGAACGAAUUAUAUUCAUAUACGCUGAAUAAAUGAAAGCAAUUGAUGAACAGUUGGAAGCACGAGUUACUAUUAGCUGUCCCUUUCCCUCCUUUUCUUUCAAGAAGCUUUCAGACAUAAGAUUUGCGACGAUGCCACCUUUACGCUUGAGGCCCAUCAUUUUGAAAAUUUCGUGAGGAUUGGAGAGGGGCCGCGCGGACGCAGGCCCCAACUAGCACAAAUUAUGACGUACACUCUCCCACUUGGGGAGAUGUUAGGCUCGCGCGCUGUCCACGUGCAAUGAGAACCGCCAGCCUAGGCCAUGGGCCUUCUUGAUCGCCCAUCGACCCCGUCCAGGUAAGUAAUUUUUUCUGCUCAGCUGCCUGCUAUUUUAUACUCCAUCCUUCAACUCCACUCUCCAUUUCUUUCCGAUGUGGGGCAAAGAUCAGUCGAUCAUCAGCACGUAAAACAAAGACUGUAUCGAGGUUUUCAAAAGCAUUCAUCUUUCUUGGAGAAGCUGUGUGUUUUGAACCAGGUUGGAUCCAUGAAAGGAUUCUUGGGACCUUUGAGCCGGCUUGGAAGUAUUAGGAGCUACUCAGGGACGUUUAAGAGAUCACAAUUGCGGCUUGAAGGGGUUAAGGAUGUUAUUGCUGUUGCUUCUGGUAAAGGUGGCGUUGGCAAAUCCACCACUGCUGUUAACUUGGCUGUUGCACUUGCUAUUAAGUGCCAACUGAAGGUGGGCCUGCUUGAUGCUGAUGUUUAUGGACCAUCUGUUCCUAUGAUGAUGAAGAUUGACAGGAAGCCAGAUAUUACUGAAGAUAAGAAGAUGAUUCCAAUAGAGAACUAUGAAGUUAAGUGUAUGUCAAUGGGAUUUCUUGUAGAGAAGGAUGCCCCUAUCGUAUGGAGAGGUCCCAUGGUGAUGAGUGCUCUUGUGAAAAUGACUAGGGGAGUUGAUUGGGGGAAUCUUGAUAUUCUUGUGGUGGAUAUGCCCCCUGGUACUGGCGAUGCACAACUAACUGUGACCCAAAAUCUGCAACUAUCUGGUGCAUUGAUUGUUUCAACUCCACAAGAUAUUGCGUUGUUGGAUGCUCGUCGAGGAGCUAAUAUGUUCUCUAAAGUUGGCGUUCCUAUUUUGGGAUUUGUUGAGAACAUGAGUUUCUUCAAAUGCCCACAUUGUGGUGAGCCUUCAUUCAUUUUUGGGAAAGAAGGAGCUAGAAAUGCAGCUGCUUCAAUGGGUCACAACUUUAUUGGUGAGAUACCGUUAGAAGUGGACGUCAGAAAAGGUUCUGAUGAAGGCAUCCCUUUAGUGAUUUCAGCACCUGAUUCUGUGAUCUCCAAAGCAUAUGGUGAUACAGCACAAAAUGUUGUCAACAAACUUGAGGAAUUGGCAAAGGAGCCAUCUCUCUAUCCAGAGAUUAAUCUGUAAAAACUUUGGUAGAAGAACAAUCUCCCCUCAAUCUAGUAGCCAUCAAAUACUUUUUCUUGAUUUUGUUACUUGCUUAGGUGUAUGCUAAUUUUAAUAUCUCUUUUCCUUUUCGUUGUAUGAGUAAGUCGAUGUAUUCUAGAAAUAGGGCAUAGGGAAAAGCUCAGAGCAAUUUGCUCCAGAUCUCAGCCAGUGGCUCUCUUCCUCUGCAGAUUGUUUAGCUACACUGACAACAUUUUGAUAAGCGAGUGAAACAAUUGGGGGUAUGCAUCCACCUAUCCUGACACCAUUCCAGAUGCUGUAGCCAGACUAUUGACAUUAAUUUUAAGUUUUCUUGAAGAUAUAGCACUGAUGAGAAUUCAUUAA